AUGUUGGAGGCGCUGUCUAAAUGGAUCGACUCCAACGAAAAGAAGGUGGAAGACUAUAAUUCCCGAGUGGAUCAGAUUCCGGGUGCACCACCGAUUCUGACCGGACCGGAAACCAAAUAUAUUGUCCGAAGGCCUUUCCCACCGAGUGCGGCUCCAAAAUUGAUCCCAAAAAGGUUUAAGAUGCCCGAUAUCCCAAAAUAUGACGGGACAAUGGAUCCACAAGAACAUAUAACCGCCUACACCUGUGCCAUAACGGGCAAUGAUCUGGAAGAUGAUGAAAUUGAGUCGGUAAUGCUAAAAAAGUUUGGUGAGACAUUGACUAAGGGAGCCAUGCAAUGGUAUUGCACGCUGCCCCAGCACUCUAUUCCAUCCUUCGAGCUGCUCGCAGAUGCCUUCGUGAAGGCUCACGCCGGGGCCCGAAAAGUGCAGGCGAGAAAGGCCGACAUAUUUAAGAUCUUCCAAAAGGACGACGAACGGCUCAGAGAGUUCGUGACAAGAUUCCAAAAAGAAAGGAUGUUGCUUCCCCCGAUUCCCGAUGAGUGGGCGGCUCAGGCUUUCACGAAGGGACUUAAUCCCCGAAGUUCCAAUGCUUCCCUCAAGCUUAAAGAAAACCUAUUGGAGUUCGGAGCUAUUACUUGGGCAGAUGUCCAUAACAGGUAUGAGUCCAAGAUACGGGUGGAGGAUGAUCAGCUCGGGCUUCCACCAGGUCCGAUUAAUCGGAUAAAAAAUUCGGACAGACCAAAGAGGAUGGCAGAAAUGAAAUUUCAACCACCAAGGGAUAGAUAUCAUCCAUACCCUCAACCUGAAAGGUCCACCUUCAGAUCGGAUAAGGGAAGAAGUGGUCCCGGCUUUAAUACAGCAAGAAGUGACAGACGAAGCGAUCGCGGUUCGGGGAGCAGGGGUUUACAGUUCAGAAACAGCUCCGUUGGGGGGUCCGACACCGGUGAAAGUCCGAGGUUAUCUGAAUAUAACUUCAAUGUCGACUCGGCAGCCAUUGUAGCCGCGAUCGGUCGCAUCGAAGGUGUGAGAUGGCCAAGGCCAUUACGAACAGACCCCUCACAACGGGAUCCGAACCUGAUAUGCGAGUACCACGGUACUCACGGACACCGAACCGACGAUUGUAAAGGGCUAAGGGAUGAAGUGGCACGGCUACUAAAGAAUGGUCAUCUUCGAGAAUUCCUGAGUGAGCGAGCAAAGAAUCAUUUCAAGAAUCGGGAACCCAGCAAGAAGAACGAACCGGAGCAACCUCAACAUGUGAUCAACAUGAUCAUUGGGGGUAGAAAUACCCCGAGGUCCAAUGAUGAAGAAGACAAAGUUCUCAAUCACUCGAGAAAAGAGAACCAGGGACUAUGUACCGGAUGGAUUUAUCUCCUUCAGUGA